GCCUGGCCCUUUAAGACUUGGCCUACGUGGCAGGCCCGGCAGUUCUGUGGGAGGAGCCCAGACACAGCCCGACUCGGCAGGGACAGGGAACGGGGCCGCAGCGCCAUGGGCACCAACGACAUGAUGGGCACCGCCGAGGACUUCGCGGACCAGUUCCUCCGCGUCACCAAGCAGUAUCUCCCGCACGUCGCCCGGCUCUGCCUCAUCAGCACCUUCCUGGAGGACGGCAUCCGGAUGUGGUUCCAGUGGAGCGAGCAGAGAGAUUACAUCGAGGCGACGUGGAGCUGCGGCUACGUCCUGGCGUCGAUCUUCGUCCUCAUCAACCUGUUCGGACAGUUAGGUGGCUGCAUUCUGGUCCUGAGCAGAAACUUCGUACAAUAUGCCUGUUUUGGACUGUUUGGGAUUAUCGCGAUGCAGACUAUCGGGUACAGCAUCCUCUGGGACCUGAAAUUUCUAAUGAGGAACCUGGCCCUCGGGGGUGGGCUGCUUCUGCUUUUGGCCGAGUCCCGGUCGGAGGGUAAAAGCAUGUUUGCUGGGGUGCCCACCAUGGGUGAGAGCUCCCCGAAGCAGUACAUGCAGCUCGGAGGGCGAGUGCUGCUCGUCCUCAUGUUCAUGACCCUGCUUCACUUCGACGCCAGCUUCUUCUCCAUUCUGCAGAACAUCGUCGGCACGGCUCUGAUUAUCCUGGUGGCCAUUGGCUUCAAGACGAAGUUAGCGGCGCUCACCCUGGUCAUCUGGCUGUUCGCCAUCAACGUCUACUUCAACGCCUUCUGGACCAUCCCGGCCUACAAGCCCAUGCACGACUUCCUCAAGUACGAUUUCUUCCAGGCCAUGUCUGUCAUCGGAGGGCUGCUCUUGGUGGUCGCCCUGGGCCCUGGUGGGGUGUCCAUGGACGAGAAGAAGAAGGAGUGGUAAUGACCCCAGGAGAGCGACGCUGAAACAUCUCCCCCUUCUUCUUCCUACCUCCGCCAUCUUCUAUCCCCGACGCGUUCCAUCAUGCAGUAUCGAUCCAGACCCUUUUUGUAGACCGAUUGCUUACCUUGGUCACCUGUCUUGUGGCUGCACUGAGGAGCAUGUGUUACCGAGAUACUCUGUACCCCAAUAAAAUGCAGUAUGGGGGGCUUUUUAGAGGGGGGGGCUUUUUUCCCCCUCCUCACUCACCUAAAAGAAAUACUUGUGGCCUUUUUGAACGAGGAUUCUAUCCCACCCCCUAUCAGCAAAGCCCCUGAGUUUUGUCCUCCCUGGACAAACCACCAGCAAACCCACGCAGCAGUGGAAAGGUUGCGAUUAUUUUGUCCUCCCUGUGUUUUGCCCCCCGCC